CAGUUCAUUGUUAAUGUGUCGUUUGCUUAGCGAAAAUAAGCUCGCAAGAAAAUUAUUUUUUAAUAUUCAAAUUGAAAGUAAGCAGAUUACUCCAAGAUAAGAUAAACUGUCUCAUUGAGCAGAAAAUUAUAUAUUAUAACCAUUCUCGAUGAACUUCGCAGGAGGAACGAACGGAAAGGAUUUUCACACAGUUUUGACCACUUUUGGUUGAUUUCCACUUUGUUCCACCUAAAGGUACAAAUUAGUUGACUUCGAUAGCCGUUUCACGUUUGUGCCUACGUAAUUAUUGAAAAUCUUCAAAGCUACUUAACAAAAGCAAGAGUGAUGGCUAUUGAUGUGAUUGGUUACUUAUAUGCCGCAACUGUAGCUGCCGGGGGUGUAAUGGGGUACGCGAAAGCCGGCUCUCUUCCCUCCCUUAGUGCGGGUUUAGCGUUUGGGGCCAUUUUAGGUUUGGGUGCCCAUUAUAACUCACAGGAUCCACCUCGCCCUCUUUUACAAUUCGGCACUUCUCUAGCCUUGGCUGGGAUGAUGGGUAUGAGAUGGAAUCGUUCUGGUAAAUUUAUGCCCGCCGGCAUGAUUUGCAUUAUUUCAGUAGCUGCUUUGAUUAGAAACAUGAUUACCUAUAACCGUUAUUUUCCAUUGCCGGGUCGGAAUUAGACAUUGAAAAGUGAAAAAAAAGAUAAAAAGGAACAUGUACACUUGUGUAAUUUUAAGAUUUUCGCAAACAUUUGUUGCAAUUACUUAAGGAAUUAAAGGUAUUGUAUUAUUUUUUAGACUCAUAAACAGAAAAAUGAAAACGAUCGGCUAAAGGUUAUAUUUGCUAUAUUAAUAAAAGGAUCCGAAAAAUAUGUCUCCAUCCUAGAAAAUAUUUAAGCUACGUUUUAUUUUUUGAAAUCACGAAGUAGCAUAAAUUAAUAAUUCGUAAUAACGAACUAAUGAAGUUAAUUUAUUGAAUUCGGUUUUUUAAGGGACGCCUUAGCUUUCAUUGUCUCCUUCGAAGUUUUGCCUUACCAACUUGUAUAUCAAUUGCUCAUGGAGUGUUGCAUCUAAAUUAUUCAAAUUUUUUCUUUUAAAUUCAUUUACGGUAGCUUUACCAUGGUUUUCGUCAUUAUAAUUGUUCAGGCGGGCUGUGAAAGUGGAACUUCUUAUGAAAAAACUUCACACAUAAAGUUUAACUACAUAAUUUACUAAAUGCAUUUCAUAGAAUAAUAAUAUUUCAUAGGUAAUAAAUGGUAGUGGUGCAAGCGUUAUUCGGAAAAAGACAUCGAAAAUCACUACACCAGCUUCGAUAUGUUUGAUUUAUUGAAGCUAACGUUCAUCAGCAUGUCGAUGAUUCGAUUUAUGUAAAUAAAUAAAUUUUUCUUGACUUAA